GACCGGGCGCGCGCGCGCGCGCGGGGGCCGGCGGCGGAGAGUGGCUAGCGCGUUCACGGGGCUUCCUCGCCGCCCCACCAGUCCACCAGUCAGAGCGGGGCGCGAGGGAGCGCGGCUGGUUCGGUGGCGGGGCUCGGGACGGGACGGGGACGGGCUGGACAGCCGGUGUUGGAUGGAGGGUCCCGUCCGCCUCGCCGGCUCUCCCUGGAAUGCGCUGGGGAGCGGCCGCCGAGCGGGAGCAGCAGCAGCGAGGGCUCUCUGGGCGCCGCCGCCUCCGCCGCUGCGAGGUUCUUCAGUGAUUUGUAUUAGUCUGAAGCUCUCUGCCAUCAGUCUUCCCAACCUGGCACUAUGCAUCCUGAUCCUGGACCUUUACAAGAACUACUUUUGCUUACUGUUUUCUUCUCAGCUACAGCUUCAGAUUUGAUUCCCCGCUUUGUUUCUGAGCCCCUUUCUACAAUCCAGAAACCUGGUGCAACUGUGCAACUUAACUGCUCUGCGGAACCCCCUGCAGUACAUAUAUCUUGGCUAUUCAAUGGAGAGAAAUUGCACAAGAAAGUUGAUCAAGUAGACGUGCAGCCAGGGCUCCUGACAAUCUUCUCUCUUAGUCCUUCAAACGCCGGUAUCUACCAGUGCAUUGCCAAUAACAGUAUUGGUGCAAUUAUCAGCAGACCUGCAACAGUAUCGGUUGCCUAUAUUGAUGAUUUCGAGGCUCCAGUGAGCAAAACCAUUUCAGCAGAAGAAGGGAGUGCAGUUUUCAUUGGUUGCAAGCUACCAAAAAGUAAUCCAGAGGCACAGGUCCGCUUCCGUAUUCGGGGAAAAUGGCUGGUACAAUCAACAGACAACUAUCUAAUUCUCCCCUCGGGAAAUCUGCAAAUUUUGAGUGCCUCUUUAGAUGACAAGGGAUCCUAUAGGUGUGCAGCAUAUAACCCAGUCACUGAUGAUCUCAGAGCUGAACCUAUUGGACGUAAGCUCUUCAUUAGCAGCUCUUCCUCAAAGAAGAAUCUCCAUAUUAUUCACCCCAUCAGUUCUCAGACUUUGGCAAUACCUCAGCACAGUCCUCUGGUGUUGGAAUGCAUUGUUAGUCAAGUGUCCUUUUCUAAUAUCCACUGGUAUAAGGAUGGUGAAGAUGCGCUUGCUAGAGGCAGAUGGAGAAUGCUUCAUUCUCAUCUUACAAUAGAAUCAAUUGAUCUGUCAGAUGCUGGUGACUACUCCUGUGUGGUGGAUAACAAGCUUGGAGUGGUGAAACGUGUAAACUACAGCGUGAAUGUACUUGAAUCUGCCUCAAUUUCGAAAGGACUGCAGGAUCAAAUAGCGUCUCCGGGCAAAACUGUGCACUUUUCCUGUGAAAUACAUGGAAACCCAACUCCGAACAUGACCUGGUUCCAUAAUGCAGCGCCUGUCUACCUCUCUCCACGGCACCUGCCUUCAGGAAACAAGCUUAAAAUUAGUGGUGUCACCAGGGAAGAUGCAGGGUUAUACCAGUGUCUAGUAAACAAUGGUGUUGGAUUUGUGCAGUCUACUGCGAGGCUUCAUAUCCAAACAGAUAGAGGCGCCAAGCCAAUUAUAACCUCGCCACCAGCAAGCACCAAAGUGCCCGAUGGUGACACGGUCAUAUUGUCCUGCAAUGCCACUGGCCUGCCUACUCCUGUAAUCCGUUGGUACAACAGCCAUGGACUGAUUACCAGCCACCCUUCACAGGUCCUUCAUUCAAAAUCGCGAAAGUCCUCCUCCCACGCAAGAACGGGCAAUUCUGUUUCAGAGAGAGUCUACUUCAUUAUGUCUCGAGCUGGAUCGAGCUCCCUCUAUAUCCAGCCUGUUGCACCAGAGCAUGCUGGUAAAUACAUCUGUGAAGCAACAAAUGAGCACGGGGCCACUCGCUCAGAGGCUUUUCUUACCGUUGUUUCCUAUGAAGCUAGUACAAAAGCAGAAGAUGUUGCUCCUGUGGAAGUUGCCCAGAGUGAUGCAGGUGAUGAAGAUUAUGAUUCAGAAAUGGACCUCCAAAGUUCAUCUCCAACAGGGAGUCUAAUAGCUGAAGUUGCUUCAGGAAAAGCAUCCCGUGGCAUUUCCCCACCAGAAGCACCAAUCAUUCUCAGCCCUCCACAAACACUAAAGCCAGACCAGUACAACCUGGUGUGGCGGCCUGGAAGGGAUGGGGGCCAGCCAAUUAAUGCCUACUUUGUGAAAUACCGCAAGUUGGAUGAUAAUGUCAAUGUGACCAACUGGAAUACAAUUCGUGUCCCUGGAAGUGAAAAUGAACUUUGUCUCUCAGAACUCGAACCCUCCAGUCUCUAUGAAGUCUUGAUGGUAGCCAGAAAUGUGGCUGGUGAAGGCCAGCCUUCCAUGCUUACUUUCCGUACUAGCAAAGAAAGAUCAUCUUCCUCAAAAAACACCCAGGCCCCAUCUCAGCCAAUUGGUAUUCCUAAGCAUCCGAUUGUUCAGGAAGGGGCAACCAAUACCUUUGGCGUGGUCCUUCCGGAUUCAUCUCGACAUAGUGGAGUUCCAGAGGCACCAGAUCGACCGACUAUUUCCACAGCAUCUGAGACGUCUGUUUAUGUCACAUGGAUCCCGCGUGCAAAUGGUGGAUCACCCAUCACUGCCUUUAAAGUAGAGUAUAAACGCAAGAAUGGAGAUUGGCUGGUUGCAGCUGAUAACAUUUCCCCUUCUAAACUGUCAGUGGAAGUUCGAAGUUUGGAUCCAGGAGCCACAUACAAAUUCCGUGUGAUUGCUAUUAAUAACUAUGGUGAGAGUCCACGGAGUUCUUCAUCGCGGCCUUAUCAAGUAGCUGGCUUCACUAACCGAUUUUCCAACCGCCCCAUCACGGGACCUCACAUUGCCUAUACUGAGGCAGUCAGUGACACACAGAUCAUGCUAAAAUGGACAUAUAUUACAUCAAGUAACAACAACACACCCAUCCAAGGAUUUUAUAUCUAUUACCGACCAACAGAUAGUGACAAUGAUAGUGAUUACAAAAGGGAUGUUGUUGAAGGUACAAAGCAAUGGCAUUUGAUAAGCCACCUGCAGCCUGAAACUUCUUAUGAUAUUAAAAUGCAGUGCUAUAAUGAAGGCGGUGAAAGUGACUACAGCAAUGUGAUGAUGUGUGAGACCAAAGUGAAACGGACACCAGGAGCAUCAGAAUAUCCAGUGAAGGACCUUAGCACACCACCUAAUGCUUUUGACCAUGGAGCUGGGAACCAUGCCGGUCAGCCAGCUGGUCCUGUCCGGAGUAGUGACAUGCUGUACUUGAUUGUGGGUUGCGUCCUUGGAGUGAUGGUCCUUAUUCUGAUAGUCUUCAUUGCCAUGUGCCUGUGGAAGAACCGUCAGCAAAACAUCAUGCGGAAAUACGACCCUCCUGGUUACCUCUACCAAGGUGCUGAUAUCAGUGGGCAAAUGGUUGAAUACACUACAUUACCAGGCACAAGUUGCAUCAAUGGCAACAUACAUGGAAACUUCAUCAGCAAUGGAAACCUCAACAAUGGUUGCUUUCAUCUCCAUCACAAGGUUCCUAAUGGAGUUAAUGGGAUCAAUGGGAUUAUGAAUGGCGUUGUGAAUGGAGGAACUGGUCUUUAUCCAGGACACUCUAACUCCCUGUCCAGAGCACACAUGGAAUAUGAACAAACGCACCACCUUGCCAAUGGUGGCGGAGUAUACACAGCCAUGCCCCAGACAGAUCCUAUGGAGUGUGCCAAUUGCCGGAACUGUCGGAACAACAACAGGUGUUUCUCCAAGGCCAGUGGCACUUUUGGCACCAGCACCGUACCUGUGAUGCCCAUCAUAGCACCUUAUCAGCAGGACAGUUUGGAAAUGGAGCCACUGAACCACGUGAUGGUUGCGAUGUGCUUGGCGUCUACCGUCCCCGGUUGCCACGUUGAGACCGAGGAAGAGAGCAAGGACAAAGAGGAGCCCCCAUCUCCGCAGGACUCUUGCUGCCAAGAAAAUGUGAAUCCGCUCAGUACAGAUUGUACCGAAGAGAACAGUGCACAUUUGGAAACAUCGAAUCACAUCUUGAGUUGGAGCCCCCUUAUCCUUCAGCCUCUUUCGAAAGACUGCAAUGAAAAGAUAGAAGGGAUUUCAAACGGAGUGGCGUUGGACAGCUUGGGGGGCCUUCAACAGCUCCAGAGACAGGAGACUUGAGGAAGUGGACUCUUCCUUCCCCGCCACCCUACUUCAAGCCAGUAACUGCACAGCAGAGUCACUGAAAGGGACUGACAACAGGAUGUUAAUUAUAAGAGUCGCUAUUUAUUUUUUCCUCCGUGUAGUGUCCUAUGAAUGUAUGUGUUGUUGUUUUUUUAAAAAAACAACCUUUUGCCUUUCAUAUUAUUUAUGCCUUGAGAAAUUUCCCCCCAGCCCUCCCAGGGUGAAACCAUUAUGACUAUCUAAAGGCCUGCUGGAAUUAUGGGGGACUUACUAGAGUGUGUUCCAUGGAUCGUUACUGUUGUGGGGGCCGGAGGAAUCCUCCUGCAGCAGAGUGUAAGCGUUUCGCUGAUGUGUUGUAUUGGCAUAGUUCAGACUCAAAUUGACCGGAAGCUUCUGAUUAGGCCAGUGAUCUUCACUUUUUUUUUAAAAAAGGCCCGCUUUGGCAAAGAACCUUCAAAGAGAGCACCGUUUCCCAUGGUGCCAGCCUCCUCACGGUGCUGCAUUUUCCUCAGUGCAGGGAGGGCCCUUUCAGAAAGACAAAGCCCUCUCUUAAGAGCUCUAGGAGGCAAGCACUGGGAAGGAUUCCACUUCCCAGCAUCUGAUGCACGACAUCCAAGAUGGCACUGGGGCUCAAGAGGGCUCCUGUUUUUCUUAAAGGAAACCCCCUCCCCCAGCACUGGGCAAAAUGCAGCACUAUGCAGUCAGAACGGCCAUCUCUGCGUGGCGAACCGUAUUCGGCUUUGGCUGAAGCUUCACGCAGGCCCAAGGAAAUACUUAGGGAGCUGCAUUUCGGGUUGAUGGGGAGGGGGCCACUACUGGCUCCUGGGCCUUACAAUGAAGUGCCCUGGAUGAGGCCAUAAUCCACCAGUGCUGCUGGAAGCAGAACAAAGUGAACUAUUGCUACAGAAGGUCCGUCUGUCUGAUUCUAGCCCGUUCGUGAAAUUGCUACCUGAUUUUGAAGGCCCACUAGUGAAGCUGCCACUAGCCUGCGGUAGAACCAGAUGAAUCUGUCUUCUCUUGCACUACACACCAGGCCGUUCGCAGCACGAGUGAAGAUUUGCUGACCCGUUGUGGGCCUGCACUGACGCUUGUUUACGUGAAUGGUAGUAGCAGGGAGUGCAAAGUUCAUGCCAUGCGAAUCCCAGAUUGCGAGAGGUCUAAAAUAGGCAACGUACUUCCAUGAGAGCGAGUUAUUGUUUGCAAGACCCUAUUUAGCCCUUUCUUCUGGGUGGGAGACUUCAGCAUGGGUGUUGUGCGCCUCUAUCUCUGGUGGCCAUUCUAAACAUUCUGAUUGGUUUCCAGGCAUCCCCUUGAUGUUGCGUGUACAUUUGUGCUUCUUUUUCCAAAGAAGACAAACAGCCAGAACAAGGGAGGCCUUUAAGGUUGCUAGGGUUUAGGAAAGCAUCCGAGUCGUGCUGGAUCAGAAACGGCUCAAAUAGCUGCAUAUACAAAUAACAUUUUUUUAAAAUGUAAAGAAAUAACGUGAGAUUCAGAACAUUUGUCCAGAUGAGUGACAAGAAGCUUAACACCUUUCUGAAGAGGUCCUGUCUUUCUGAUUGGUUUUCUUCUCCUCCUACAGAGAAGGAGCUGUAUUGGCAGUUGUAUUUGAGGAUGCAUAAUGUGCAACAGCUGGUACAAACUCAUCCUAGGUGUAAAUCAAAAGCUUGCCCGCUCUUCAUUGGGAAUUGGUCCAGAUAAAGUUUCUGCUUCAUUCUCUGGAGCAUGACCAAAUCAAGGGUACCACUUGAGGUACCCUUGAAAUGUUUUAUCACUAUGUUUUGUUCGGCUUUGGGCCUCCUAAGGAUUACCACAAUUAUACUAUAUGCAAUGCUUUUGUGGAGUUGGAGAGAGGAUAGUCAGGGAUACUGUUGCUGAAGAAAAGUAAACAUCCCUGCACCACCUCUUUGGAAUAUGAAACAUCCAUUUUCCCCAACUGCACCCAGCACAUUUAAAAUGUGGUGUCUAAACUUACCAUUGUGUUCAGUGUUCCUUCUAACGGGGAUUCUCAGAUGUUCUCGACUACAACUCCCAGAAUCCCCAGCUAUAGUGGCUUUUGCUUGGGGGCUAUGGAAGUUGUAGUCGUCAACAUCUGGAAAUCCCUGCUAGAGGGAACACUGGUUGUAUUGUACAGCCGCUGCAAGUGCAGCUUUAAGAAACCUGCCUGUAUCACAGAAGUAGCUAAGGGCACACAUGAGGUGUGUGUCGCAAAGCUAGCUGCAUAUUUUCCCCUCCCAGUUUUAACCAGCAUAAAUAAAACACACUUGUAAAACACCUUCUCCCAAGAAUUGGAGGCACAUAAUUUUAAAUGUAUAGUUGCCCCGCGGCAACAUGAACUCAUUUUCCUAGCUGGAGCCAGAAACCCCCCUAUUUGGGGAGGCAGAAAAUGGCAAAGCUGCCGCACCAGAAAUUGCAAGCCCCUUAACCGAAGAGAGGAGGUUCCCAGCUGCAAUGGGCCACACUGAGUAAUGUUUGUGCGUGAGAUAAAAGCAGGCUCUGUAUUUUUAUAAGUGUUGCAGCAUCUGUCAAAAGCUGUGUGUGUAUAUAGUGUGUGUGAUAUAUUUUAUAUAAUAUAUGAUGCAUAUUAUAUAAUUUUAUAAAUAAGGCUCCCUAAUGAGAAUUUGCAGAGCUUGUCUCCAUUACUAUGCAAGGACAUUCUCCGGUAGGGAUUUAGUGCAGGAUUUGAUUUGGUUUGUAGUUCACCCUCCAGAAGGUCUCCGCUGUCUGUCUCCACACUUCUUGAUACAAUGCCUUUAAACUUCAAAGAAGUUACUUUUCAAUAGCUGUAAAGGAGUCACCGAGCUGCUGUAAAUUGGACCUGGUGGGAGCACUGUCCCAGCUGGUUUGGACAGAAAGCGGUGCCUUUUCCAGGAAGCAAGAAUGUCAAACUACUUUUGAUACGGGGAAUGUCAGGAAUUCUGGCAUUGUUUCAGUUGUGUGGAGCCAGUUUGCUUCAGGGGGCCCAGGCAGGUAACACGAGCCUUUAGAUUCUAAACUAAGUAAGUCACUUUUGAAAAUUGGGCAAGAGUCUAUAAUUUGACUUAUUAGCAGAAUCUCAUCCAGGACGGCUUUAUUUAUAUUUUAUGACACUGUUUUAAGUGUAUUCCCCUUCUAUUGUAUUUUAUUUAUAAAAUUUAUAUAUUGCCUUUAUAUUUUAUGGGGGGCAUGUGUUCUGCCCCAGCUAUAGAUGUGUGGUUAUGAAUCUUACAAAGCAUAUGCAGAUGAUCCAUCCACUUUCUCAGAUCCAAAUGUUCAGUUCCCACCCUGAGAUUUUUGACUAAUGACUUCUAUUCCAGGAAACUGUAGGAAAAUCUUGUUGCUAGCCUAAUGCAAAUUGUACCAUGCGUCUUGGUGUUCAGUAAGUUUGCCAUGCCUGCCCUUUCAUUCAGUAAGCACAGUUUUGUGGGGUACCUUGAAAGCAUUUUCAUGAGACUUCUGGCAUCUUGUUUAACAUCUUUAAAACGACCACUUCUUGAGGUUUCUAGACCUCAUGUUUACCAAGAGAGCUUAGGAGGCAGGUAAGCAAGUAGAAGUCUAAAUUGGUUGACUUGUGCUCUCAUGGUUUUUAAGUCCCAUGCUCCGUUUCCCUUGAAUGCCUGCCUCACAUUUUUCUCUUUUGUGGAAUUAAUAUUGGAACAUGACUGCAGCAGAGUAAUUGCUAUGUCUGUCAUAUCAGUUUGGCAUCAAGCAUGUGUACCCAUGAAAUGCAAGCAAAUCGUGUGAGCAGUUUGCAAUUAAGGUAGACAAAUCUAACUUUCUCACUUUUCCUCUAGGUCAGCGGUAGGGAUGUGCAGAACUGGUUUGCUUGUGAAUGGAUUCGAGCUGGUCCAUCGAACCGACCAGCCCAGCCGAUACGGUUUGAUUGAAACGGGUUCGCUAUGGCGCAGUUUGGUCUGAAUUCAGACCGAACCAUGUCAAAUGGUCCAUACAGACCCCUAGUCAGAAGUAGGCAACCUUGGCUCUCCAGCUGUUGAACUGCAACUCCCAUCAUUCUCAGCCACAAUAAACUGUGACUGUGGAUGGUGGGGGUUGUAGUUCAGCCACCCUAGAUAGAUUUGGCAUGGCCCUAAGCUUUUGAUUCGUUCGCAGGGCUUUUGACAACUUAAUGGAGCUAUUUGAUGGUAUAAGAGCAAUUCAUUUUCUGCUUUGCACUAGCAGGCAUGCAGCUCCACCAUCUGUCAUCAGUGCAGGCUGCCUUUUGCCCCAGAAGGUCUCCCAAAUGGAUUUUAAUGGUCACCCAGAUCGUAAGUGUGUGCCACUGAAAUCUGUGUGAUGCUUCCAGAAAGGUGUUCAGGAGCAGGGUACCAAUGCCAGUGGCCUCUUGAGCUUCAACAAGAUCUUUCUUGAACUACUUUCCUGAUGGUACAUGGCUUAAUUACGGAACUGUGUAAAGCUUUUAUAUAUAUAAAUAUGUCAUUCUCCAGGCUCUUAAGAAGCAACUUGGCUAAAUAAAUAAUUAUUGUUGUCUAAGCAAUAAGUAUUUAUGUGUACUUCCGUCAUCUGGCAAAUAAAUGAUUUAAAGAUGCAUGUCUUCUGUAUCGUAUAGAAAAUACACUAUAUUUUCCUUUAAAAGUUGUAAUAUUAUUUUUUUGAAACUGUACAUAUGUUUUAAAUGAUGUAGUUUUGGGCAGGAUUUUCCUUGUGUUUAAUAUUAAAGAGAAUGCUGCUGCUUUGUUUAA